GUGAUCGCUAGUCAAGCAGCUACAGCUCCCAUCACUCCAAAGCUAAGUCGACAGGCAACUGGACAUCUGCCCAUCCACUGCGUCGUCCAACUUCUUAAGUCCCAAGCCUUCGUCAAAAAUAAUGUUCAAAUAAAGGAUUGGAUCUAUAAACAGGUGUGCGAGAGUGUCCGGCCCAUGCACCCUUUACUACCUGACCUUCUUGAGGCGCAUGCACUAAACGUGCUCUCCACCAGUCAAACCAGUGCGCCAGCCAACUUGCCUGACCUCAGCAAUCAGCAUUACAACCAUCUGUUUAGGAAACCAACAACAGCUUUCUCUGUCAUCUCAGAGAGUGAGUUGACACGCCAAUUCAGUGCUGACCUCGCGGGAGAGGCGGCUAGCAGCUGUGCUCCAGGCAUUGAUGGUCUCAGGUUUCGGAUACCAGGCCAACACUUAUCCACCUGGCCGAGUACAUCUGACUCCGAUCCAUCUUCCUCCCUUAGUGAAUUCUGUAGCCGAGACCUUACACCACAGAUUCUUUUCCUCUAUUAUGCCUUAUUCGUUUAUGAUCACCAGUUAAAUACGCGGCUUGCUUCAAAUCAGAGACGUAAGUUUGAAAUUGGUUUAGGGUUUAGAACGACUCACUGA